UCGUCUUCACUCUAGGAGUGUUUCGCGACCAUCUCCGCGAGCCGCGCGUCUGCGGUGUUCUUGCCAUCUCCAACCCGUGGACCGAAAGGAGGGAGUUAAGAAAUUCAACCAAUCAGCUGUGUUUAUUGGUUCGCUGCUGUUGCUUCCAUUUGCCCGCUAGCUGUACCCGUCCAAGGUGGCUAAGAAAGAUCGCGAAAGCGGAUCUAGCAGCAGCAGCUAUACCGAUUACCAAUGAAUGUUGCUCGUGCUUUUUCGGUCGCGAUAUAGCAGCAGUGCCAGUUUAACCACCAAACACCGGUAAUAUGCUGCUCGGGAGUUAGUACGGCUUUAGACAUCCGUCGAAGUGAGCGAAUGUGAAAAUUAAGCGACUACCUUCACGUGCGAUAAGAGCUGACGCGCGGUAUCAGUCUCGCAACAGAAGGGAAUUUUCGGUGACGACCCUGCUGAUUGCUGCCUAAUUUCGUUCAAUUUACUUUGCCCGGUGCCUGAGGUGCGAACGUUAGUCAUCAGAAAAACGAGGACGGUGGUUGUGUCGGAACUUCAUUAGAGAAUGACGCGAACGAGAAGUGUGUCUCCGAAAUCGAUCGAAGCAUGCGAGGAUAAACGAUCGGACCAAAGGCUGCUGCAUAAAUGGACCCGCUACUCCAGCGCCAAGCUCGAGGAGGUGGAAGAAACGCUGCUCUCAGCCCUCCGGAAACCCUUCGAAAGCCUCUUCGUGGAUGUAGGUCAGUGUGUGGGGACGAACGAUAAGAUACGUACGGUCGCACUGAACCGGGAAUCGGACCAAAUUCCCGUCCUGCUGUUGCACGGGCUUGGAGCGGGCGUUGGGCUGUGGGUACUAAAUUUGGACGCCAUCGCUGACCAUCGGCCGAUGUACGCCAUCGACAUACUGGGUUUCGGCCGGAGCUCACACCCAAAGUACGAUCCCGAUCCGAUCGCGGCCGAGCGACAGUUUGUCGCAUCGAUCGAAGCCUGGCGGAAGGCGGUCGGGUUGGAGAAGAUGUACAUCUUAGGUCAUUCGAUGGGUGGUUACCUCGCCUGCAGCUACACCUUAUCACAUCCGGAACGUGUGGCUGGUCUUAUACUUGCCGACCCGUGGGGCUUCAUGGAGACACCGGCGAGGAUAAAACGCAAGUACUGGAUACGAAUCCUUUAUCGGACGGCGCGAAAGAUGAACUUUUAUCCGCUCACCGUGGUGCGGAUGGCUGGUCCGACCGCGGCUUGGAUAUUGAGCCGCCGGCGGACCGACAUUACCUCGCGCUUUGAAGCGAUUGUACCGGACGAACGGAUAGUGGCUGACUACUUGCAUCUGGUCAACGCACAAAAGCCUUCAGGGGAAACCGGAUUCUGCGCUAUACAGAAAAACUUCGGAUGGCCUAUCAACCCGAUGCUGAGGCGUAUCGACCAGAUCGAUCCCACCAUUCCCAUGACAUUCAUCUACGGGUCCGAAUCGUGGAUUGACUUCGAAGCCGGUAAGGUGACGAAAGAGAAACGGCCGGCUAGUUUCGUCGAAGUGAAGAUCAUUGAUCAAGCUAGUCAUCAUUUGUACGCCGAUUUUCCGGAAAUUUUCAACCAGCACGUCAACGACGCCUGCUUUGUGUACGACAAACGCACCAACAGUGCGCCCAACAAAGUGAUCGAACUGGCGGAAGAAUGAAUUCCAACGCAAGGAUAUUUGUCAAUUUGAGUAAGGAUGUUCAAGCAAUCUUUACUCUUGGAGAGGCUACAGAGAAUUUACAAUUCGGUUGAAUAACUUGACGAAACAAGCGCACAGGUUCUUUGCACAACAUUAGAGAUUGCUGGAACACGCUUACUCGUGUGAUCGCAAGCCCUGCGAGAUGCUUUUAUUAAAUAUUUGCCUCGAAAUUCGUACCUUCUACUGCCAGCAGUUCCAAAAAGCUGGAUGUGAAACUAACAAAAAACUAACAAAAGAUAAAGAAAUCGAAAAGAAAACUCAAACCAGCUCAAAGGUAUACUAAAGUUAAAGUAUAUUGGAAGGGGAAACACAUUCUCCUCCGGAUCCAGGUACAACCUAAAGUAUUUUCGUAAAGAGAAAUGGCCAGCGUAGUACACAACCGGUAUGACGAUAACUAGAAACUCUUCCUAUAGCUCCCUUUUAAAAAGGUGUAGUAUUACAGGCAAGCUUCCAUGGCAUCAGUGUAGUAGAACUUAUGUUUUCCACGAACAUAGCGAGCCAUAGCGGUAUGUAUUAGGUAUUCAGCGCCCGAGCGUAUCGAUUUCAUCCCAGAUGAAGUGAUAACUUUAAACAAAAAAAAAAGGACAAACUUAGUUCUAGCACAAUCAUUGUGAAAGAUGCAUUUUUAUAUUGUCUGCACAGCAGUUUUGUUACCAUGUGAGUGUUUCUUUUUCUACUAGAUUUUACCUACGAUGUUGAGAGUAAGGAAGGUGGCGUGCGGUGGCUAGAAGGCAGGUGAACAAGUAAACAAAAUACGAAGUAACAAUUUUACAGACGAUAGCUAACCCUUUUUAACUAGCUAAUCAAAAUAAGAUGGUAUUAUCAAUUUGUUCAAUAAAGAACGUAUAUACUUCCAUUGCGCAA